AUGGCGAACAACCUCGCCGUCACAUUGUUCAUUCUAGCGGUCUAUGUCGCCGUGAUGGCGACACCAUUCGUUUAUGCGACCAAAUCUCCGACGAGCACAACAGCCAAGGGACAUGAAGAAACCAAAGAAGGGGAUGCACCCGCCAAGGCGCCUGAAGCCGCCACCAAGGGGUCUGCUAAGGACAACAAAGCAGGCACUAAGGGGGAUGUGCCCGUCAAGACACCCGAUGCAGCCACCAAAGGGUCAUCCAAGGACCACAAAGCAGACGCUAAGGGGGAUGCGCCCGCCAAGGCUUCUGAGGCAGCCACCAAGGGGUCUGCCAAGGUCCCCAAAGCAAACGCUAAAGGGGCUGCUGCAAAAGGGCCUGGAGCACCCAUGUCAUGGCCGGAUGGGGGGCCUGAGUUAGUUGAAAUGGUCAUCAAAAACCCCUUCUUGAAAACCACACCACCAUCAAGUGAUGGCCUCCCCAUUGACCCGACUCCAGAAGGUAGCAUGACCUAA